AUGAGCACCCCAAGGAAGACCGCUGGAGAAAGCGAAGAUGCAGAAGUGUCAGAGAUCAGAACCCCUUUCCGAGAGAGAGCCCUUGAAGAGCAGCGCCUAAAGGACGAGAUACUGAUCAGGAGCACGCCAGGUUAUAGAAAGCUGUUAUCUACAUCUGUCAAGUCUCAUGAUAUUCUCAAUAAAGACCCUAGCGAAGUACGAAGUUUUUUGCAUGAUUUAAGUCAGGUACUAGCACGCAAAUCGCAAGGUGACGAUACAAAUGCUAACGAGACUCGAGCACGGAACCUGAUCGAUGAACUAACGUACGAGGAGAACCGAAUAGAGGAAGAUGACUUUCUUCAGGAUAGUGGUGGCAAAACUACAGAUAGUACGAUUAACGAUGAAACAAAGUCUGGUUACACUUCAUUAUCACAGACCGUUUUUGCACAAUUGCAAGAGAGAGAUAAAGGCAUGAAAAGCAGGAAAGUCGACCCCAUCGUUAUACAAGAUGCUCCAAUGGCCGAAGAAGAGGGCAAAUCUAUAGUACAACCUUCAGAGAGUGCUAACGAUAUCUCCAUGGAGGUUUUGGACGCAUCACCAAGUCGUGAAAGGAAUGAGACCGAUGAGUCAUCGAUAUAUGGACCCGAGCCAAUUGUCACAACGCAACGAGAAGAACAACUGUCUGAUCCCUCAUUGGCGGACACAGGAGAAGAAGAAGAAGAAGAAGAAGAAGAAUAUUCAUUAGUGAAUGUCAAUGACGAGGACUUGCAUGCUAUGGAAAACGACCCUGUACAUUCAAAUGUUCCUGUGGUCAGGCAUGCCUCUGUAAAACCGCUACAAACAAUGGACUUGAAGCAUUUAACAAGGCAAUUUUUGAAUGAAAAUGACAUAAUAUUACCAAAGCAAACGUGGUCCACCUUACAGGAAGAGUCUUUGAACAUCAUGGACUUUUUGAAACAAAGAAUUGGCACAUUGCAAAAGCAAGAUCUUGUAGAUUCGUUCAUUGAUAUGGGAAUUAUUCAAGAUGUCGAUGAUAUGUUCGAGCUCGUACACGAAUUGCUUCCCUUGGAACUCCAAUCGAGGCUUGAAACUUACUUAUUUUAA